AUGCUCAUUUUACAAAGACUGCUAAUUGUCUCCAUAGCCUUACGGAAGGUCCUGGGUUCAAUAGGUGAUAGACUAGACGAGUUUACCGAAUGCGUAGAGGACUGCCAGGUUGCUUUGAGCUGCCCCGGAUUCGAAGACGAAUUGCCGACCGGUAUCGCAUCCGGACCGCAUCCAGUCUUUGUUCCUGCAUCCUCAGUGGCGAGCAACUUGUUUUUUUGGGAUUGCACUGCUCACUGCGACUAUCAAUGCCAGCAGAUCAUCACGCAAUUGCGCAUACAUGAGGGCGAGCCAGUUGUACAAUUUCAUGGUAAAUGGCCAUUUAAAAGAAUGCUUGGUAUGCAAGAGCUCUUUUCGACAAUUUUCAGCGUUGCCAAUUUUGUCCCCCAUUACCGGGGCUACCAAAUGCUGCAACAUGAACUUAAGGUAACGCCGUCUCAUAGUAAAGUUCGUCUGGUUCUGAGCAAAUAUCUUUAUGUGGCAAUGGCAGGUAUGCUUGCUUGGACUUCAAGCUCUAUCUUUCAUUUCCGUGAUCUCGAGAUUACCGAAAAGCUGGACUAUUUUUUUGCAGGAGCUACCGUUCUGAGCGCGUUUCAUGCCAUUCUGAUUCGUGUUGGGCGGCUGUACAGACAAGAGCUUUACCAUCGCGUGGUAUCUGCUAUGGUUCUGCUCAUUUUCAGUAUGCACGUUUUGCGACAGUAUUUGGACUGGUCAUACACUUACAACAUGAGAUUUAACGUGGCAUUUGGUGUUUUACAAUACGUGUUGUUAUUGACAGUUGCUUACAGAAAUUAUAAGCAAUUGAAGACGGCAAGACAAACGCGUAAGGCCCAUUUCAAGACGCGGCGAUCAAUGAUUUUUGACCUAUGCGUCGUACCCGCGGCUUUGGUCAUCGGUACUUCUCUGUCCAUGUCGUGCGAGCUCAUCGAUUUUUUCAGUUACAAAUGGCAGAUAGACUCACAUGCCAUCUGGCAUGCUUGUACGAUUUUUCCUUCAUGGAAACUAUACGAUUUCUUCAUCAACGAUUACCGCUAUUUGGAAGCUUGUGAGUCAGGCACAGAAGAUUGA